AGUUACAAUAGUUUAACAUGGAACAAAAUCUAACAGUGAAUACUAUGCAUUCAUAUGUUGUUUCAUCGCACAUUCAACUUUAGACGAACGAGAGAUGAACUUUUCAUGAAAUCUAGAAAAUUUAAUAGCAUUCAUUUAUAUUUAAAAUUUACCAUCAUGCACUUCAAUAUUGGGUUAAUUCUUAAUUGAUAAAAUAAAAACAAAAUGAGACGAGACGAGAUUUAUUAUUAGGUAAAAGCAGUACUGGGUAAAAGGCAGGUCCUUUAUUCGUUUUUAGGAAAGCAAGUAAUAUGUUUCUAUUAGAAAUUAAAGUUAUAAGCUAAUAUUCAUCAAUACUUGAAAAGUAUCUAUUAUUUCAACAAAACCAAUGCUAAUUGUUUUGAUAAGUUGUCUACGAAAGCCAUGAUAUUCAUAAUUUAUUAUCAUUAUAUAAGCUAUCCAUCAUAUUAUACCUUUUCAUUCUCCUUAUAAAUAUGCUUGAAUAUCUACAUAACAUGUGAUAUAAACCCACAACAAACGCCUCCUCUUUCAGAUUCUAUCUCUCUUCUACUGAUAACAAAAGGAUCAGUUGAGACAGAGAUCGAUAGAAAUGGAAAAAGUGAGAGACCUCGUCAGAGAAGGGAAGAGAGUGGCAAAAGAAGACCCCAGGAGAGUUGUUCACUCUUUCAAAGUGGGUCUUGUUCUUUCCUUGGUCUCUUCCUUCUAUUAUUACCAACCUCUCUACGACAGCUUCGGUGUUAAUGCAAUGUGGGCUGUCAUGACCGUUGUUGUCGUCUUCGAAUUCUCUGUUGGGGCCACGCUCGGGAAAGGACUUAACAGAGUAGCGGCAACACUAUUUGCGGGGGCACUUGGUAUCGGAGCUCAUCACCUUGCGAGCUUGUCUGGCUCAACAGGAGAACCCAUUCUUCUCGCAAUUUUCGUCUUUAUACAAGCGGCCUUGUCAACAUUUGUGCGGUUUUUUCCGCGGGUGAAGGCGAGAUAUGAUUACAGUCUCUUGAUAUUCAUACUUACCUUUGCGUUGAUAUCAGUGUCGGGGUUCAGAGAGGAACAAGUUCUCGUGUUGACUCAUAAGAGAAUCUCCACUGUGAUCAUCGGAGGACUCAGUUGUGUCCUUAUCUCUAUCUUUGUCUGCCCUGUUUGGGCAGGCCAAGAUCUGCAUUCUCUCCUCGCCUCUAACGUUGAGAAACUCUCCUUCUUUUUGCUAGAAUUUGGGGACAAGUAUUGUGAAACGGUAAAAGAUGGUGACACCAAAGAGGUUGACAAACGCAAAAAUGAUUUUGACAACUACAAAAGUGUUCUCAACUCAAAAAGCAAUGAAGAAUCUUUGGCUAAUUUUGCUAAAUGGGAACCUGGUCACGGCCAAUUCCGAUUCCGCCAUCCUUGGAAACAAUAUCUAAUUAUCGGUGGAUUAAUCCGACAAUGUGCUUAUCGAAUUGAUGCCCUGAAUUCAUAUCUAAAUGCAGAUAUUCAGGUGUCAAUUGAUAUAAGAAAGAAACUAGAAGAACCGUUGAGAAGAAUGAGUUUGGAAUCAGGAAAAGCAAUGAAAGAAAUGUCAGUUUCGCUAACUAAAAUGAUCAAACCAUCUUCUUCCGAUCUUCAUGUCCGAAACGCACAGUCUGCCUGCAAAUCUCUCACCAGCUUACUUCAUUCAGGCAUCUUGAAAGAAGUUGAGUCACAAGAAUUAAUCUCACUUCUGACAGCAAUCUCUUUGCUCAUUGAUAUCAUUAACCUGACCGAGAAUAUCUUGGAAUCUCUACAUGAACUUGCAUCUGCUGCAAGAUUUAAGGACAAGAUUGAGUCGCCUAUUUUUGCCGAGAAACCAAAUUCCAAAAGCAUUGUUUGUGGCUGGGCGACCAAAGGCCAAGAUGAUCAUGUUGUCACAAUUGUUAACGAUGAUUGUUGUAAUGGUAAUACAUCAGAAAAGGGUAAUCGCUCGAACAAGGUUUUGAUCCAUGAAAAACAUGAAGAUUGUGUACAUGAGAAACAUGAAGAUGAUGAUGCACAUGUACAUUCGAGUUGUGAUUCUUGUGGUCAUACUAGUCUUCGUGUAAUUGUAGAAUGUAGAUAAUGAUAAUCUUUCAUGUUUUUUUUUUUGAACCCAAUAAUCUUUCAUGUAUUCAUAAGAAUUAUUAUUGUUUGCUUAAAUCAUAAGAAUUAUUUAUCGAUAAAGGAUUCUUUUGAGCUAAGAAAAAAAAUGUCAAUGAAAAAGAAAUUUACUAAUAAGAACAAUGCUUAAAACAGUCAAGAGUUGUGUGCUAAGCUUAGUGAGAAUAAAAUAGUAUAUACACUAACAAAGAACACCAGAGGGAGAUAAUUCAAAGUUUUGUUUCUCGCCUUUUCUACUUCCGAAACUCGUCUCGAAAUCAAUCAACGGCUUUUAUCAGUUUCCCGCUAUAUAAAACAAAACAUAGGUUGUGACUGAGAAAAUUAGAAUAAAUAGGUGGAAAAUAAAAAAGUGGAAAUGAGAGAAAAAAUAAAACUGGAAGAGAGAGAGUAAAGCAGAGUAAAUGUAUUUACUCUUAUUUUAGUUAAGGUAAAAUUAUGUGUAUUUUACUUUUUUUUUAACAGUGUUUAAAGGA